AUGUAUAUAGUUCUCCGCGGCGAUCAUUUCGCCCCAUCCAAGAUGCUCUACACGCUCCUUCCCCUCUUGCUCACAGCAGCAUCCCCAAUCACUGCCAGUGCCAUCCCACCCAACACGACAGCACUCGACCCCCCAGUUCCCAUACGCGAGUGCUUCACCAACGCAAACAACACCCUCUUCCUCCCUCUCAUCCCCCAAUUCGCAGACCUCCUCGAGUCCGAGCCACGCACCAACCUAUCCGCCUUCCCAGACUUAAAAAACGGCCAAAGCGCGCGCCGCCCCCAGCACACCAUCAACGGCGUGUGCAUCGAGCUCCUAGCCUUCAACACAGACGUGCUCUUCCCUCUACAGAUCACAGGAUCUGGGCUCGCGCAUACGGCGCGUGGUAUCGCGGAACAGUGUGGAGGACUGGGAUGGGGAUACUACGUGGACAAGGAGACGGGGAAUAAUUACCAUAAGGAGCUGUGGGCUAUAUUGGAGCCGUGCUCGACGUGGGCGCCGAAGACUUCGGGGGGGAGGCUGAUUUGUGCGACGGAUACGACGGGGAUGGAGAGGCAUGAUCCGAGUUUGCCGUGUCCUGGGGAGGAGGCGGCGGGGAGGUAG